CUCUCUUUAACCCUCUCCCCUUUUAUUUCAUUUAUCUGCCUCUCACUGUUUCGUCCCUCCUCUGUCUUCUUCAGCUCCGUGUUCAGAACCUUUCACUCUCGCUCUUUCUUGUCCUUUAUUCUUUUGUCUUUUUCCCUCUGUGUCUGCACUGCAUCCACCGUUCUUUUCUCUGUCUUCCUCUGUCUGAUGGAGGCUGAGGCGCUGUACAGCUUCAGAGCCACAGAAUGUGACGAGCUAAGUUUCCAGAAGGGCGACAUCCUGAAGGUGACAAACAUGGAUGAUGAUCCAAACUGGUACACAGCUGAACUGUCAGGGAGGAGGGGCUAUGUACCCAAGAACUAUAUCAAUGUAAGGCCUCACGCGUGGUUUGUGGGAGGAAUAUCUCGGCAGGCCGCAGAGAGCCGGCUGAGGCCACUGGAGUGUGGAGCAUUUCUCAUCAGAGAGAGCGAGAGCACACCGGGAGAGUUCUCAGUGUCUGUCAGUUAUGGCGACCACGUGCAGCACUUCAAGGUGUUGAAGGAUGGAUUAGGCCAGUACUUUAUAUGGGAUGAAGUCUUCAGCUCACUGAAUCAGCUGGUGGACUUCUACAGAAUCAACAGCAUUGCCAAAGAGAGAACCGUCUUCCUGCGAGAGCCGGAGAGAUUGCUAGCUAGACCGCGCCACGCCCAUGCCCUCUUUGACUUCACUCCUCAUCAUGUGAGCCAGUUGCGCUUCCUGCGUGGUGACGUUAUUGACCUGCUGGACUGCUCAGAUGCUCAGUGCUGGAGGGGCCGUUGCCGUGGAAGAGUGGGCGUGUUCCCACCAGAAUACGUUCAGCCCAUAUAUCACUAACAUGUCAAAGGUUUAGCUCGAAACUCAUAUCAUAUUUUUUAACCAUACUGGAAAUCCUGACCAUCUACUGUAGUUUGUGUCAAACAUGCACUCACUACUGACUUUAUUAGAAACCCCUACCAAUUUAUGAGCUCCAGCUACCUAAUAGAUACACUAUAUGGGUGUACAAAUACAGACAGGUCCGUAAAAGUUGGGAUGUUGACAAAAUUACUGUUCUUUUAGCUGUCAACUACAGCAUAUUAGUGUUGAGGGUAUUUACAUUCCUAUCUGGUAAAUAGUGUAGGAAUUCCAACUAUUUUUAUAGAUACCCCCAGUUUAGGGGCCCAAAAGUAGUUUGACAAUCAUAAAAUAAAUUGUCACUUUUACUACUUGGUUGAAAAUCAUUUGCAAUUAUUGACUGCCUGAAUCUGAAAACCAUAGACAUCAUCAGAUUCUAGGUUUUUUCCCUGGUGACUUACUGCAGCUGUCUUCAGUUCCUGCUUGUUCUUCAGGGGUUUUACUUUUAGUUUUGCCUUCAGUAAGUGAAAUCCAUGCUUGAUUGGACUGAGGUCAGGUGAUUGACCUGGCCAUUUCAGUACAUUCCACUUGCCUUAAAAAACAUCCUGUUGGUUUUACAGAUGCUCAUUGACCAUCUGCACUGUAAAGAACUGUCCAAUUAGUUUUGAAGCAUUUGGCUGAAUCUAAACACACGAUAUAGCCCUAUAUGCUUCAGAAUUCAUCCUGCUGCUUUUGUCAGCAGUCACAUCAUCA